CGGAGAUGCUGACGACGUUUCCUCUAGAGUCUAGAAGGCCAAGGCAGAAAAGUAGUGUUCAGUCAUCAGUGUUCGUUCACUUGUUCAGUCGAGUGUUGAAUGUUGUUUGUGUAGUGUUAUUUCAGCCAUGUUAGUCGAAUGCCCACCGAGUUAUUUACGAUAUGUUGAGAAUAUUUCAGAGUACCAGUGUAGAUCUCUAGUUUGAGGCCAUGUGUGCACAGAUUUCGAGUCUUGGAAUUUCAAUCAGGGAGUGUUUCAGAAGCGUCAGCAAUAAUAGUGAAAACGGCCAUCGAUAAUGAAGUGAAAUCCGAGCAUAUGUAGGUACGCUACGGCAGCGAACCCACUUCAGUGACCCACAUAACUUUAAAAGCCAAACAAUCGAAGACUUUGCCUACUUCGAAUAUGUUAACCGAAUUCAUCGCGACAUAAUGAGCUCUUAACCAACCUCACCUACAUCGAUGUAAAACAUGUCAAAAAAGGCGAUCGCGAGUAAAACAGCUUCAGAUCAAGGUAUAGUACCCCCAAGGUACCAACCGCCCCCGUUACCCAACAACCAGGGUAUACUCAAAAACACCGUCGCCCCUAACGACCUAAAGAGACCGCACAAGCUUGGCGAAAAUGUAAAACUCCUCUACCCCAACGAGCAGGCAAAAUACUACCCCAACCAGCCAGGCAACAACAAGUAUCUCCAGCAGUACCCCCAAUACCCACCUCCCAAGCACCUGGAGGAAGGGCGAACAGCGCAGGUGCAGAUCCACCAGGAGAACGCGAGACCCAGGGGCCCUGAAGAGCCAGCAGGAGUGCCCCAAGUGCAGAGGCAGCCCGUUCGGUACGACGACGAGUUUCUGCGACCGGAGAUGCUGAAAUUCGUGAGGAAGCCCGACGACCCGCGGUGCCUCGACCAGAAUCGGCAGCUGCAGAGCAUUCUGCUGGAGCUGCGGUCCCUGAAAGAGGCCAACCAGCACCUGGCGGACGACAACCAGGAGCUGCGCGACCUGUGCUGCUUCCUGGACGACGAUCGCCAGAAGGGGAGGAAGCUGGCGCGCGAGUGGCAACGUUUCGGCCGCUACACCGCCAGCGUCAUGCGCCAGGAGGUGUCUGCGUACCAGACUAAGCUGCGCGAGCUUGAUAACAAGCAGCAGGAGCUGAUCAAGGACAAUUUGGAGCUGAAGGAGUUGUGCUUGUACUUGGACGAGGAGCGGGCGGGGAACGUGAUGUGCUCGACUUGUGGUGGGGGAACGGGGGGCAAUUUGAGGGACGAUGGGGACGGGUCGAGUUCGAGCACGAACGCUGACGAACCGGGGGCGGCGAGGGAGUUUGGAACGGGGGAGAACGGGCAGCGUAGGGCGGAAGGCAGGGAGAGGCUGUUGCACGAGAGUUUGGCGAGGCAGCGGAGCACCUUUAAUGACCAAAUCAUGCAGUACGUGCGCAGCUUGGAGCAGCGCGUCAAGCAGCUGGAGGACGACAAGCGCGCGUUGACGCAUCAGAUCGGGCAGCUGGCGGCCGGGGCGGCCGACCCCGCCGCCCCGGCCGUCCUCCAGUCGGACCCCGCCGCCGCGGUGCUCACGGGCCGCCCCGAGGCCGUCGUCAGGGCACUUCAGGUGCUCGAAGUUCGCGAGCAGCUCGAGAGGGAGAGCCACCUGCCGGCCGAGAUAGGCGGCGUCGAGAGCAUGUCGGACACCACCUCGCAGGACAUGGACGACGGAGAGAAGGCCUUGGUGCGGGAGAUGUGCAACGUUGUUUGGAGAAAAUUAGAAGAUCCGAACCCUACAAGACGAUAGGGUUUUAUUUAGAAAACGUGUACCUAGAAUUUUCUUGCCAACGGCGAUGGAAAACGUCAAGUUAUUAUUGAUCAUUCAUUUGAUUCCUAGAAGUAGUUGCUGUAUAAAAAUAUAUUUAUUUUUUUAUUUUAGUACAAAUAACUUGUAGUUUGUAGUUAUACGUUUUAAUUUAGUAUCAACAAGCAGUUUUCAUUAUUAUUAUCAUUCAUCAGUACAAUCAUGUAAUUCAAAUAUUGAAUUUUGUUUUUUAUGUUGAUGAAAAUAUAAGAUUCAUGAAAUAAAAAUAAUCUUCUGACA